UCAAGAAACGUAAAAAUACCCUCCCCCAUUUUCCAUACCCGCCGGAGCCGCAUCACCCCCACUCAUAUAAUAAGCCAUGCAAUCCCCCAACCACAUUUUGCACACCACCAAAACUCCCAUAAAAAACAACAAGACCCUCACGCCUAGACCUACCAACCCCGCAGCCGCCCCGUCUCAGCCUCGCAGCCACGGCUCCACCACCCAGGCCUGCGCCGCCUGCAAGUACCAGCGCCGCAAGUGCGCCUCCGACUGUAUCCUCGCCCCCUACUUCCCCCACGACCGCCAGCCCCAGUUCCUCAACGCCCACCGCCUCUUCGGCGUCAGCAACAUCGUCAAGAUCGUCGCCGGCCUCAACCAGCCCGAGAAGGACCACGCCAUGCGCACCAUCAUCUUCCAGUCCGACGCCCGCGCCUCCGACCCAGUCGGCGGAUGCUACCGGAUCAUACGCAACCUCGAGCACCAGAUAAGCCUCGCCAAGGCCGAGCUCGAGAUCGUCCUCCACCACCUCACCCUCUGCCGGGCCGCCGCCCAGCAAGAGGGCCCCCCACCAGAGGACGACGACCAGGGGUGGAGGGAGCCGUACGGAGCGGAGGAGGAGGUCGCGCCGGUCGAGGAUUUGAACUCGUGGGGCUGCAUGGGCGGCGCCGACGCCCAUGCACAUGCGGAAUCUACGCCAUCCUCGUUUCCUCACGACGAUCAUCGCCAUGCGAGAAAAUGCUCUCUGGAGGAAUGCAACGACGACGAUAUGAUCAGACCCAUCUUCGAUCGCUUGGUCUGCGACGACGUGAGAGACGACGAGUUCGAACUCGACUCCGAUGGGAACAUCAUACCGAGAAACAUUACGAACUCACCCGAUAAGGCUGCGAUCAAGGAAGACGACGACGAGUGUUUCUCGUACAUUCAAGACCACCAAGAUUUGAAGGCUGCAGCCACAAUCUUCAGCCUCACAAAUUGUGAUCUAUGA